UCGUUUUUGUAUGGGAUUAAGUUGCAAUGGCAUCCAUACAGUUGGGCGAUUAUAUUGUUAUUCAGCGUCAAAAGUACACGAAAUUGCAAAAAUUUGGCAGUCUUGAUGCGACAGCCACAUUGGGUAAGGAGCAUCUGGAGCUGAAGUCGCUGCUGGAUCAGCCGUAUGGCUCCACGUUCAAGAUGUGCGUCAAGGAGUCGAAGGUGGGCAAACGUGGCGCCCAGCGGCAGCACAGACUCGAGCUGUGCACCGAAAAUGAAUUGCGCAGCAUACGGGAUGUACUUAACAUUUCCAGCAGUGGAGCCGACAAUCGGGACAUCAGCGACAAUGGCGAGGCGCAGGCCCUCAAGUCAGCGGACAUUGAGCAGCUGCGAGAGGAGUGCAACGAGUCCAGCAAGAUAAUUGAAAAGCUGGUGGAGAACUCGAAAACAUUUCACACACGCACCGAGUACUCACAGGACAAAUAUCUGCUGAAGAAGGAGAAAAAGUACUUUGAGUUUGUCCAAAUUCGCCAGCCCAGCAUACGUCUAAUGGCCGACAUAUUCCAUCGACAGGAUGCUGAUAAGAUAAUGGGCAUACGUGUGGAUACGCUCUCCCAAAUUAUCUCAUACUCGGGUGUCUCUGGCUUUGGCAGCUAUUUGUUGUACGAGAGCGGCACAAAUGGCCUCUUGCCAGCGGCCAUGCUGAACUCCAUGGGUGCCGGCACAGAGGCAACUCUUGUACACAUGCAUCCCGGCAAUGUGCCACAAAAGCAAGCCCUGCUGGCCCUCAAAUUGCCACUGGAACAGCAGCAGCGCUGCAUCUCAGUUAAUCUGUACUCGGUGCUGCGUGAGUUUUAUCAGGGCGACAAGCCAGAGCCGAAAACAGAAGCUCUCACAGAAGCAAAGACAGCGGCGUCAAACAAGGAGACAGCGGAGCUAGUGUCUCCCACAGAUGACAGCGAUACCAACACGGAGGAGCAGAGCGACAACAUUGAGCCCAGCUCCAAGAAGGUCAAAUUGGAUGAAUCGUCAAACUCAAAUAAAUCUGGGCCGUUGCGCUGGCAACUGGAAAAUAAACGCGCCGUUGCACUGAUGAAUGCAAAAUUCGAUAGCCUGGUGAUGGCUGCCAAGGAGCAUCCUUCGAAUAUAUUGCAGGCAUUGCUGCCGCUGCUGAAACCCUCGCGACCCAUUGUAAUCUUCAGCACGUGCAAGGAGCUGCUGCAGGAAACCUUUAUGGAGCUGAAGACAACCGGCAAGGUGACCAACCUGCACGUGACCUCCAACUGGAUGCGCAUGUAUCAAAUACUGCCAAAUCGCUCCCAUCCCGAGGUCAACAUGAGCGGCAACAGUGGCUACCUCUUAACGGGCUACACACUGAAAUAACUAAAAAUCAACUAAGGACCAGCUGGCAAGGAUGACACCAGCAAAAAAAAAUAGUUAUUUAGUUAGUUAAACGACAACUAGGUAAUAUGCAGAAACAAUUAACGACAAUACAGUAUAAGCUCGCUUAAGCGUACAGCUUGACAGCUUAAAGUUAAAGAAA